CCUGGUGGGGCUGACUCGGUCGUUCCUGGGAGCACAGCUGUGGCACAGCCUGGAGGAGGCCGGCCUCCCAGAUCCUCCCUCAGGCUUCGUCAGAGGCAGGGGACAUGCACCCCAAGGGCCUCUGCUUGGCCUGACCCUGCUGCAGGGACGCUCUGUCCCCACUCCUCGCGGAGAUGGCUAGUUUGUGGAGGUCCUGCUUGCCUGGCUGCCUCCCCUCCCUCGUCCUCCUCCUCCAGCUGUCCUGCAGCUCCGCAGGUCAGUUCAGGGUCACAGGACCAGGCCACCCCAUCCGGGCGCUGGUGGGGGAGGAGGCUGAGCUGCCAUGUCGCAUCUACCCUGGGAAGAACGCCACAGGCAUGGAGGUGGGUUGGUACCGGCCACCCUUCUCCAGGGUGGUCCAUCUCUACCGAAAUGGCAAGGAUCAGGAUGCAGAGCAGGCGCCCGAAUAUCGGGGACGGACCGAACUGCUGAAAGAAGCCAUGGGCGAGGGGAAGGUGACCCUCAGGAUCCGCAACGUGCGGUUCUCCGACGAAGGAGGGUUCACCUGCUUCUUCCGAGAUCAUUCCUACCAGGAGGAGGCGGCCAUGGAACUGAGAGUGGAAGACCCCUUCUACUGGAUCAACCCCGGAGUGCUGGUCCUCCUCGCCGUGCUCCCGGUGCUGCUGCUGCAGAUCGCCGCGGGCCUCGUCUACCUCUGCCUGCAGCACAGACUGAGAGGAAAGCUUCGAGCGGAGAUCGAGAACCUGCACCGGACAUUUGACCCCCACUUCCUGAGGGUGCCCUGCUGGAAGAUAACCCUGUUUGUGCUGGUGCCAGUGCUCGGACCCCUUCUGGCCUUGGUCAUCUGCUACAACUGGCUGCACCGGAGACUUGCAGGGCAGUUUCUUGAGGAGCUAAGAAACCCCUUCUGAGAGAUGCUGCAUCCUGGCCAGCAUGGAGGGCAGCCUGGUCGGUCCUCGCAUGGGCUCUUAGGGUGUGGCAUCCACUCGCCGCACACUCACUGGCCUCCUCGCCACAGGGACAUCCAAUCUGCAUUUCCAGGAAGGCUGAGUCCUCUUCUCCCAUCCACCUUUCCUCCCCCACCCCGUCUGGCUGCCCACCCCGGCCACUCUCCUCGCCCUCCAUCUGGAAGCCGCCUCUGGCUGUGGCCAAGCAGGCAUUCCUCUCUCCGACAGAGGACACCUGUGCUGCUCAGUAACACAGGCAGGACUGAGACCAGCCGCCUCCCUGCCGCUGAUUCCUGUCCGCCAACAUCGCCAAUGGUGGUUGUUUCUUCCCCAGCGUCAAUCCUGAGGGGCAGAGCUGAGGGGUG